GCGGCGCUCACUUGAAGCGCGGCGAGCGAGCGAGACUAGCCUGAUCCAUGUCCCCCGCUGCCUCCCUGCCAGGCCCGCGAAGAUGAUGGCCAUGAACGCCAAGCAGCCUUUCGGCAUGCACCCGGUGCUCCAAGAGCCCAAAUUCUCCAGCCUGCACUCCGGCUCCGAGGCCAUGCGCCGAGUCUGUCUCCCAGCCCCGCAGCUGCAGGGUAAUAUAUUUGGAAGCUUUGAUGAGAGCCUGUUGGCACGCGCCGAAGCUCUGGCGGCGGUGGAUAUCGUCUCCCACGGCAAGAAUCAUCCGUUCAAGCCCGACGCCACCUACCAUACCAUGAGCAGCGUGCCCUGCACGUCCACUUCUUCCACCGUGCCCAUCUCCCAUCCCGCCGCGCUCACCUCGCACCCGCACCACGCCGUGCACCAGGGGCUGGAAGGCGACUUGCUGGAGCACAUCUCACCCACACUAAGCGUUAGCGGUCUGGGAGCACCGGAUCACUCUGUGAUGCCCGCGCAGAUCCAUCCGCACCACCUGGGCGCCAUGGGUCACCUGCACCAGGCCAUGGGCAUGAGUCACCCUCACGCCGUGGCGCCGCACAGCGCCAUGCCCGCAUGCCUCAGUGAUGUGGAGUCAGAUCCCCGCGAGCUGGAGGCCUUCGCCGAGCGCUUCAAGCAGCGGCGCAUCAAGCUAGGGGUGACCCAAGCGGACGUGGGUGCUGCUCUGGCCAACCUUAAGAUCCCCGGCGUGGGCUCACUCAGCCAGAGCACCAUCUGCAGGUUCGAGUCUCUCACUCUCUCGCACAACAACAUGAUUGCGCUCAAGCCGGUGCUCCAGGCCUGGUUGGAGGAGGCUGAGGCCGCCUACCGCGAGAAGAACAGCAAGCCAGAGCUCUUCAAUGGCAGUGAGCGGAAGCGCAAACGCACGUCUAUCGCGGCGCCGGAGAAGCGUUCACUUGAGGCCUACUUCGCCAUCCAGCCGCGGCCGUCAUCUGAGAAGAUCGCAGCCAUAGCUGAGAAACUGGACCUUAAAAAGAAUGUGGUGAGGGUCUGGUUCUGCAACCAGAGACAGAAACAGAAACGAAUGAAAUACUCAGCUGUCCACUGACUGCAAGCGGGGAGAGUCAUUAGGGGCUGGGAGAGCCAAGGGCGUCCCCCCC